AUGACCGGCACGCAGGUCGACCGGUCGUUGCCGAAAACCGGGUUCCUCUUCCCUUGGCCCUUCCCGAAUGGCGCGCCGUCGUUCAUCUACCGGAUGAAGAAUUACGCCGCCCUGUUGAUGGUCCGAUGCGCGUCACGACUUCUAUUCUUCGGCGGCGUCAAUCAGCUGAAUGUGAAAGGGCGCGAGCGGUUCGUGACGGCGCUACAAAAUAGAAGCCGGCCGCUGAUCACGAUCACGAAUCAUCGCUCAAAUCUGGAUGACCCGUUGAUGUGGACGAUCCUGACUUGGAAGGAGUUCUUUCAAACGAUCGAUCGACAGCGCUACACCCUGACCGCGCACAACAUCUGCUUCUCCAAGCAAUGGCACACGACAAUUUUUUCGCUUGGGAAUUGCGUGCCCUGCGUGCGCGGUGAGGGCGUCUUCCAGAAGGGCAUGGACUUUUCGCUGGAGAAGCUGAACAAGAACGGUUGGGUCCAUAUUUUCCCGGAAGGUCGAGUCACGGAAACGCCACUUCGAUUCAAGUGGGGCGUCGGACGCUUGAUUAUGGAACCGGAUGUCGCGCCGAUCGUGCUGCCCAUUUGGAUGCGAGGGAUGGAAACGGUUUGGCCGAACCAUCCGCCUUACUAUCCAAAGUUUGGCAAGAAAAUCUCGCUGACAGUCGGGGAGCCGCUUGAUACCCAGGAGCUCCGAGCGGAAAUAAGCAAAGAUCCAAAUAUGAGUGAACGACAACGGAGAAAGCUAAUGACUGAUCGAGUUCAGGAGCUGCUGUUCAGCCUUGGCGAAGAAUGCGGCGAUCUGGAGAAGGGGCUGACGGAGCGGUUGCGCAAGGAGCACGAACGGCAUAUUGACGAAUUCCGG